AGAGGAACAGCCGUGUUUUAUCACCCACCUUUUUCGAGCUUGCCAUCGACACUAGAAAGUCUCCACCGCCAAAACCGAGAACCAACUUGCGGCGAGCGGACGUGUUUCGUGCGUGGGUGAGAAGCAAAGAAGAAAAGGAACUUUAACUCAACUGCACGUUGGCUUGGACCAAUUGUGGUGGUGUAGAAAGGAGCCCGCGUUUUCCCUCGCGUUUAAUCAAUUAAAUAAAAAAAAUAAAAGUGCGCGCGCUACAAGUGGACACACAACUGGAUUUUUGGGUCCGACUUGGUUGCAACACAACACACUCAUAGCAGCCAACUUGCCCCGAAUUAUAACGGGAAGUGGCUCAACAAGUGUCGGAGAUUAUCUAAUAAACCAAUCAUAGAAAAAAAUAAUAGAAACGGGGAAUAAAUAUCAAUUUUGAAACAGUUUUAUGUGAGAGAGUGUGCCUCUGUGUAUAUCAGUGUUUGCAUAUGUGUGUGAAUCGAGCAGAAACGCUGAGCAGCAACAACAACAACAACAGCAGCAACAACUACAACUACAACUACAACGAAGCUACAACGGCAACGGCAACGUCAACAACACGCAACAACAAUUGCUGUGAGUGCGACGGAGACAGCAACAGCGUGAGUCAUAAAAGUGAAAUGAAAAUGCGGAUAAAGAGAGAAGCGCCGUGUCUUCUGUUAUUUAUGCCAAUCCAAAAUACCAACAACAACAAUCGCAUUGGGGCCAAUCAGAAGGACUAUCCCAACAAGCGGUCCAGGGAGAAUCUGGUAUGUGACGAGCAAUCGUCACCAGUGACAUCGACGACGUCAUCCUCCACGGCAAUGAACGGCGGCGGACGGACGCCGCCGCUGACCCGCAGCUGCUCCAGUCCGGCGGUAUACGAUAUAGAAACACAUCCCGCCUCGCCCGUGUUCCCGCAUCUAUUGCUGGGCAAUGGCCGCGACGCCGACGAUCCCAGCAGCGUGGGCGCCAACUGCGUGCUGAAUGUUACCUGCCAGAGUCCCAGCGAGCGGUGUCUGGAGGGGCUCAAGUACAUGCAGAUCCCCGCCAGCGAUACUCCUCACCAGAACAUCAAGCAGUACUUCCAGGAGGCCUUCGACUUUAUUGAGGAUGCCAGGAUAACGGGAUCUCGUGUUCUGCUCCAUUGUCACGCGGGCAUCUCGAGGAGCGCCACCAUCGCCAUCGCCUAUGUGAUGCGGUACAAGUCACUCUCCCUCCUGGAGGCCUACAAGCUGGUGAAAGUGGCCCGGCCGAUCAUCUCGCCCAACCUGAACUUCAUGGGCCAGCUGCUGGAGCUGGAGCAGAGUCUGCGCAAGAGCGGAGUCCUGGCGCCAGCCACUCCGCUCCUGAAUAGUCCCAGUAUUCAUGCAGGCACUACGGUGGGAGGAUGUGUAGCAUCAUCUAGUCAACUAUUGGAGCAGCCAGAGCAGGAGGAAAUCGAGGAACAGAGACAGAAUAGGAGGGAGCGGGAGCGGGAGAAUAGGUCCAAGUCGGACAGCGAGGCCAUGGAUGAGGAUGUCUACGACUAUGACGAUGUGGACAGUGGAGCCGGCAGCUUGGCUGGGAGCAACUGCUCCUCGCGGUUGACCUCACCCCCGAUCACGCCCGACGACGAGGCGCCCAGCACUUCAGCGGCUGCGUCCUCAGUGUCGGAACUGGACUCCCCGGGAUCGACUAGCUCGUCAAGCGGAAUGUGCUCCCUGAUGCAAUCGAAUAACAGCCCAACUCCUGCAUCCUGCGCCGCUGCCACCACUAGCAAGCUAUCAUCCUCGUCGCUGCUCUCGCCCACACGGCAGCUGGCGGUGUUUAAGCGCAACUCACCGGCCAAGCUGAGGUUGGACCUGGCGUCCAACUACUGCCCCGCCUCGCCCCUCCCCAAGUCCAUCUCCUGCAUCGCAAUCCCAUCCACCCCCACUGGCGAGAAGGCGCCGGCGGACAGGAGCAAUCACCUGUCGCGGGACUGAGAUAGAAAGAGCCAGAGCCGCCGCAAAGCAGCUGUGAAUAGAAAGAAAAGAUACGGCCCCAAGGUGGUUUCAUUAUGAUUGUAAAUUGUACUUUUUUUUACCAAAAAAAACUAAAAACUAUUUUGAGGAAUUGUUUAGUUUUUUAGGAAAAAACAAAUUACAUUUUAUCAUUACCAAAUGUAAGUCGUAAAAAUGGCUGAUAAAACUUCCUAUAUAAGCAAGGUGAUGAUAUCCACCUCUGUGUAUAUUGUACAUACAAACGUACCUAAAAACAAAAACAAGGAAUGAGGAAUGCUAAGGGCAGCCUAAGAGCUUUUGUAAUGUAUUUCUCCCCUGAAGAAUUAAUCCAAAACAUGCAACCCAUCAACAGUUUGUUGCAAAAUGAAAGAUAACCUCGUAUAUUAUAAUUUAGCAUAAACCUAGCCAUAAGUGAUUCUUAACUAUAUCUAUACACACAUAAACUAUAUAUUAAACUUUAAAUAGAACAAUGAAAAUCCGAAAUGCACUGCAACAAUUUCUGCUGACUUGCCACACACCACACACCACCAACCUCUCCAACUCCCUAUGGUUUCAACAAUUAUGAGAAACAAAUCCGCCAUAUACACUGCAAAGAUCUUAUCAAAACUGUUCUAAGUUUUAUCAAACCGCUUUAGCCACCCACACAUUUAAUUUAGUAUCUUUUGGAAAUAAGGAAAGAGUUUGUGUUUGUGUUUUCUAGUUUUAGUUAUUUAUAUGAAGCGAGCGCGUGAGUUGGUCAUGAAUGCUAUUUAAUUCACAUGUAUUAGGCUGUAAGCAACUAGACUAAGCUACACAUCCAUAAAGUGUAACCAUUGUGUUAAGUAAAUGGAAAUUUUGAAAAGUAA